UCUGAAGAAGCAAGCUUCGUAUUGGUUUCUAUUUUAUUUUGGAAAUUAGCUUGCAAUUAAUCAAUUGGAUGGAUAUUUAUGUAAUUAGCUAGUUAGAAAUAAAUUGUUUUCCGAUAGUUAGUUACCACAUACAAUCAUUCUGGAUUCCCAAAAGAGGACUUAUUUGGACAUCUACAAGAUGGAUCUGGCGGAGACCAUGAAGAGCGUGCUGGCGAAGAGCACGGGCGGCUCGGGCGGCGCGGCGGGCGCCAGCAGUGCGGCGGCCCCGCACGGCGCCGAGGGCUACGUCACGGAAAAGCUGUACAUGCUGCUGCAGCUUUAUUUACAAAACAAGGGCUGGAGCCCCAGUAUAGAACUUUUACAAUGCUUUAGUGACCUCAAGGAAUCUUCUAUGCUUCCAAGUGCAGCUUAUUUGCAGAUGAUGGCUUCUAGAGUAGGUUUGGAUACCCAAGGCAGACUGAUACUUCGUGAAAAUGGCAAAAUCAUCCUACCUUAUGAACAUUUUGCUAAUGCUGUGAUGUUAAAACACAUGAAUGGCCCGCAUGGACUGCAUUUGGGCCUAGAAGCUACAGUUAGAGCUGUUGUGGAAUCAUACACAAUAGGCCGUGAACAGUUUGGAAUGGAGAAGGAAUUUAUAAUUGAGGUUGUCCAAAACUGCCCCAACCCUGCAUGCCGGUAUUAUAAAAAUCAACUAGAGAUGACUCAAAAAUCAAUACAACAGCAUCUGUCGCAGCAGCCAACAUACAUCCCAGGUAAGGAAAUGGUAUCAUUUAUGGGAGCCAAGGACAACGACAAUAAUGAAUUAGACUCGGAGUCAGAUGCGUCAUCCCAGGAUUCCCAGACAGCUGAUGCUGACAACUCAGACUCGCCACCGCCGGCUGCUCAAAUGCAAGAUCAGUCGCGAUCAGAUAAUUGCGAAAGACCAAGAAAUGCGAGGAAAACUAAUGAAUCACAAGGAGCUGCUGACGCUACAAAUCCUCAGGACGAUACAUCUUUCCUUCGAUAUUUUGACAAUGGCUCAGAAAGGUUUCGCUACGAUGGAGACGAAUACCAUUAUUUUGCAAUAAAUAUUGCAUCUCAAUUGCGGAAACUUCCAGUAGUCGAAGCAUUAUCCUUGCAAGUAGCUAUACAACGUGAAUUAAUUGCCGCUAGGUGUAGAAACAUGUUCCCAUAUCUAUUAACCAACACACCAUCAAUUCCAGAUGUUGACAUAAACCGUAGCUCUAACGUUCAAAGUGACGUUUACGUAAACCGAAACUACUCUAACGUACCAAGCGAUGUUUUCAUAAACCGUAACUACUCUAACGUACCAAGCGACGUUUUCAUAAACCGUAACUACUCUAACAUACAAAGUGACGUCCACUUUAACCGUAACUACUCUAACAUACCAAGCGACGUUUUCAUAAACCGUAACUACUCUAACAUACAAAGUGACGUCCACUUUAACCGUAACUACUCUAACAUACCAAGCGACGUUUUCAUAAAUAACGUACCACGCGACUUUUUCAUAAACCGUAACUACUCUAACUUACAAAGUGACGUCCACUUUAGCCGUUACUACUCUAACAUACAGAGCGACGUUCUCAUAAACCGUAACUCUAACGUACAAAGCGACGUUAAUGUAAACCGUAACUCUAACGUACAAAGCGACAUUUUCAUUAACCGUAACUCUAACGUACAGAGCGACGUUCUCAUAAACCGUAACUCUAACGUACAAAGCGACGUUAACGUAAACCGUAACUCUAACGUACAAAGCGACGUUUUCAUUAACCGUAACUCUAACGUACAGAGCGACGUUCUCAUAAACCGUAACUCUAACGUACAAAGCGACGUUAACGUAAACCGUAACUCUAACGUACAAAGCGACGUUUUUAUUAACCGUAACUCUAACGUACAGAGCGACGUUAACGUAAACCGUAACUCUAACGUACAAAGCGACGUUCUCAUAAACCGUAACUCUAACGUACAAAGAGACGUUAGCGUAAACCGUAACUCUAACGUACAAAGAGACGUUAGCGUAAACCGUAACUCUAACGUACAAAGUGACGUCAACAUGAACCGUAACUACUCUAACGUACAAAGAGACGUUAACGUUAACCGUAACUCUAACGUACAAAGUGACGUCAAUAUGAACCGUAACAACUCUAACGUACAAAGUGACGUCAACAUGAACCGUAACUACUCUAACGUACAAAGAGACGUUAACGUUAACCGUAACUACUCUAACGUACAAAGAGACGUUAACGUUAACCGUAACUCUAACGUACAAAGUGACGUCGGCAUGAACCGUAACUACUCUAACGUACAAAGCGAAGAAAGCGAUACACUUUCAGCUCCAAUUCGGACCGAAAAUACUUCUGCACGUGAUGCUUCUGACACUGAAACUGAUACAGGUCCAGAUCAAAACAUCCAGACUGCAGACAGUCCUGACUCACUGCCUGAUUCCAACACUGACACACUGAUUCCAAAUUCAGCUCCAAAUAACCCUUCCGUUGCAGUAACCGACUCACGCCCAGUUACAUACGCAUAUCCUGUAGACUAUUCAUUGCAUGUUCCAUUCCUUCCACGAGCAGUGGUUAGGGGUGUAGCCCUAAAUGCACCUAUCGACUAUUCGUUAUCGUUUGAUGACGUUUCUUCAUUUGAAGAAGAUGAAAUGCGCCCAAGUCUAAACAUUCCUGUAGACUACACAAUUUCGUUUUUAAGACCUAACCCAAAAGCGCCCAGCGCUCAUAACAAUAUCAAAGUUCCAUCUACAAUCCCUCGCCCGCGACUGCCCUCUGCCCCAUACAUGAGGGUCAAGCCACCUUUCUUGCGUCGUUCUUUAGUUCGACAACCCCGGACAGUUUCAGCCCCGACCAUGAAUCCUAUGAAUGAUGAUUGGUAUCCUACUUCAAGCGCACAAUUUGCCCCCCCUCGUACAUUUGUAAACACACAACUCGCGCAUGCACACAAUGUCCCUCUUACAAGGCCGUAUUUUGCCUAACUGGCGACGCUUAAAGCCGCUUUAAUAUAAUUGUACCUAAUUUUUGGUCCACACAAGCAAAAAUUUAAAGUUUUAUAAGAAAGGGAAUGAAGGAUGAGGAUAUUUUUUUAUUUGCAUCUGUAAAUAAAAAAGCGGAAAUAAAUACAACUUUUAUGGUUCCUAUGUGACUAGUCUAUUUCCAUACCAAAAACUUGAAAAUAAUAAGAUUUUAGGAUUCUUUGCCAGUGUACACUGGUGUUACACUGGUAGAUCUCUUUACUACAAAUGACAACUAAUACUAGACUUAAAAUAAUAUAAUAGUUAUAUUAUGAUAGGUAUUAGGACCAACUACACAAACAGAUGCAAUUAGAUUACGUUUAGGCGUAAACUUGGUUAGUACCUGGUUUUAAUUCAUUACAAAUAUUUAAGAUUAAUUACAAGUGAGAAUUGAUUUAUUCUACUAAUUAUUUAUUUUAAUUAAAUGUUAUUUUUUUAUGUUUGGGUUAUUUUUUUAUUGUUAUGAAUUUUUAAGUAAUUUUUAUACGCGCAUAAGAUGCAUGCGACGCACGCUUUUCGUGAUUGUAUAAGAUCUUAUAAUAUUCAUGUACCUGGCCUAAUGAAUUUAUAAAAUAAAAGAUUGCAAUUGACUUAGUUUUCGAAAAUAAGUGAUUUAUUGUAGUCAAGAUUUUUUUCGAGAUUUUAACACAAGUCCGUCUGUAAAAUUAAUGUGAAAAUACAUCGCACGUUCAUAAUCAAACCGUCACUAUACGAAAUUGGGAGAAAUUGAGUUAACAACGCCAUCCAUCAGCGCUCUGCGAAAAGUGCAUGCUGUAAAAAUCCCACGCUUAAAGCUCAAAUAGUUCGGCAGAUAUCACUAGUGUCGUUAUGGAGUUUAAUGGGAAAACCGGCAUUUGUUGUGAGUAACAGUGACACGUUUUUAGUAGUGACGGGAUCUGGACGGGCACGCCGUGAUAGUUAUGUAAACUCUGUGUUGAAAAACGUCAUUUUUAGCAUAAAGACGCUUUUACUCCAAAACCAUAAGAUAAGUCACAAUAAAGUAAUACGAAAAACGCCUUAAAACAAAAAGUGACAAUAUUUCUCUUACAUUUUUAAAAAGAUUGUUUAUCACUUCGUAGAAUAUUGUGUUUAUCCAAAUAGUGAAAUAUUAAAACAACAAGAAAGAUUUUUAAAUGAUUAAGUAGUUAUAAUUUUAUCUAACAAAAAUGCCACCAGGCAAUCCAAACACUAGUAAAAUCAAAUAAAUUAUCAAGGUAAUUACUACUUUGUCUAGCGUUUGUGGACUAUGAAAAAGCCUUAGAUUCGAUCGAGAUCUGAGCAGUGCUACAGUCUCUCCAACGGUGCCAAAUUGACUAUAGAUACAUCGAAGUGUUGAAAGGCUUGUACGAAAACGCCACAAUGUCGGUUCGUCUCCAGGAUCAGGACUCGAAACUCAUCCAGUUGCAGCAAGGGGUGAGACAGGGAGAUGUCAUAUCUCCGAUACUGUUCAACACCGCCCUAGAAGAUGUUUUCAAGCUUCUGAACUGGAGCGGAUUCAGCAUAAAUAUCAACGAGUACAUAAUCCACCUUUGGUUUGCGGACGAUGUCGUAAUCAUGGCUGAGACUGUGGAAGAUCUAGGCAUAAUGCUCGAUGGCCUAAGUAGAGCCUCUCAACAAGUUGUCCUGAUGAAUGAGUAUGAAAAUGAAUAUGGACAAGACAAAAAACAUGUCAAAUGUCCAUGUAGUAUCCACUUAUCUGGAGACUCUACACUCGAAAGUUUACUGACCUGGGACAAACAGUCCAGUUACGCAGGUCCAACUUCGAGAAAGAGGUCAAUCGUCAAUCCAACUCGGCUGGGCAGCGUUCGG